UUAAACAAGCCAUCUAGCUAGACAAUGAAAACACAAACGUCCAAGGUGAUGGGAGGACAUGUCUUGCUUACUGUUUUCACUCUAUUUAUGCUUUGUUCAGGGGUUAGGGCACAGCUAAAUCCUGACAUAUAUGCUAAAUCAUGCCCCUCUCUUGUACAAAUUGUCCGUAACCAAGUUAGUAUCGCCAUGAAUGCCGAAAAAAGGAUUGCUGCUUCUCUCAUUCGUCUUCAUUUCCACGACUGUUUUGUUAAUGGGUGUGAUGCGUCUAUAUUGUUGGAUGGAACCGAUAGUGAGAAACUCGCGAUCCCAAACGUGAACUCUGUGAGAGGAUUUGAAGUAAUUGAUACUAUCAAAGCCGCUGUGGAAAAGGCAUGUCCUGGUGUUGUUUCUUGUGCUGAUAUCCUUACUUUGGCCGCUCGUGACUCGGUUUGCUUGAGUGGAGGGCCAAGGUGGAGAGUGGCAUUAGGAAGAAAAGAUGGAUUGGUAGCAAAUCAGAACAGUGCAAACAAUCUCCCAUCUCCUUUUGAACCUUUAGACUCUAUCAUUGCCAAGUUUGUAGCCGUAGGCCUUAACACCACCGACGUCGUAGCCUUAUCAGGAGCUCACACCUUUGGACAAGCAAAGUGUGAUCUCUUCAGCAACCGUCUGUUCAACUUCACAGGCGCGGGAACCCCGGACGUAACACUUGAGACAUCACUGUUGUCUAAUCUAAGAUCAGUUUGUCCCGUGGGAGGUAAUGGAAACAUAACAGCUCCUUUUGACCCGAACUCUGUGGACGCCUUCGACAACAACUAUUUCAAGAACCUACUCCAAGGGAAAGGUCUUUUAAGCUCUGAUCAGAUUCUGUUCUCGAGUGACUUGGCCGUGAACACCACAAAGAGUCUAGUGGAGGCUUAUAGUCGGAGCCAGUACUUGUUUUUCAGGGACUUCACUUGUUCGAUGAUCAGAAUGGGGAAUAUUGCGAAUGGAGCUAGUGGGGAGGUUAGAAGAAACUGCAGGGUUAUCAAUAAUUAAUUAUGUUUAUGUGUGUGUCGUUUUCUAUUUUAUGUAAUAAUGUUAAUCAAUAGUAUUCCUCGUGUGUAUCAGAAUGAUCGCGUGUGUAAUAAUAAGAAUUUAUGU